GACGCAGAACUUCUCAGCUGUUUUUCAGGCAACGGCUACAUUGUCAAUCGACUGUCCAACCGUCCAAUCACCAGUACAGAAGAGGAGGUCCGUUUAUGGUUUCAAACAAGACAGCCGAAUUCUAGCCUGUUUCAUGUCGGUAGCGACAAUCGAGGGUUAAGUAUCCAUAUCCUGAAUGGUUGGCCCCAUAUUUGGUUACAACUUCCGGACACAGAGAGACUGCAGUCUGAAGGAAGAGUGGAUAGGCAGAUUAUCGCAGCCAGGAACUCUUGGUCACCGGAAUCUGGUGUAGCUGGCAUCAUUCAGCUGAACUUGCACGUACGACCAGGAAGGUAUGAAAGCAGCAGACUGGAUGACAAUCAAUGGCACGAAUUGAUCUUGAUACGACAAAACAAGCAGCUAGUGCGUAUGAACCAGAGAAUAUCAAACAAAGCAUUCGUCACUUUCGAGAAAUACACUCAGUCGCAAAUCACUUUGGUCUUCACGAGAGACUCAACUGAAUCUCUCGUUUAUGGUAUUCUACAACUGAAUGUGCUGGACACAGGCCGCCUCAUGUUUCAGUUGGCACGAUAUUGGAGAUAUCGCAGUAUAGUUGCAUACAGGAAGCUACUCACAAGAAAAUUCGCCGAUCUUCGCUUGAUCUAUGGUUUGCCCCAACUUGCUUCAUUAAUCACACCAAAG